AUGUUUUCUAUUCAUCCUUUUGGCGUCUUCUUUAUAUUCCUUCUUUCUAUUGCUUAUUUCUACACUUUCUUUUACAUCUUCGUUCUUUUCAAUGUUCAUACACUUUCUUUCUUUUCCUACUGUCUACACUAUUUUCUGAGCAUUCUUUCUACACUUUCUUUCUUUUCCUUCUCUCUACACUUUUCUAUACCUUCUUUCUCCAAUUUUUCUAACACUCAUUUUUAUAUUUUAUUACCCGUCAUUUCUACACAUUUUCUAUCCAUUCUUUCUACACAUUUUCUACUCUUCCUCUCUAUAUUUUUUCUUUUACUUUUCCUACCCCUUCCUCUCUAUAUUUUCUCCUUUCUACACUUUUCUUCUCAUACAUUUUUUUCUUUCUCUACACUUUUCCUACCCCCUCCUCUCUAUAUUUUUUCUACUCCUCCCAUCUAUUUUCUGCCCUCAUUCUACAUUUCUUCGUCUCUACACUUUUCCUACCCCCUCCUCUCUAUAUUUUUCUACUCCUCUAUCUACACUUUUUUCCUCUACAUUUUCUUUCGUCUCACACUUUUCCUACCCCCCUCCUCUUAUUUUAUUUUUAUUACUUUUCUGCCCUCAUUUCUACAUUUUUUACUAUCCAUUCUUUUCUACCCCUUUCUCUACUCUUCCUAUCUAUAUUUUUCUGCCCUCCCUCUACAUUUUCUACACUUUUCUCUACACCCCCUACCCCUCUCUCUAUAUUUUUCUACUCCUCCUAUCUACACUUUUUCUGCCCUCCUCUCUACAUUUUUCUACGCUUCGUCUCUACACUUUUCCUACCCCCUCCUCUCUAUAUUUUUCUACUCCUCCUAUCUACACUUUUUCUGCCCUCCUCUCUACAUUUUUCUACGCUUCGUCUCUACACUUUUCCUACCCCCUCCUCUCUAUAUUUUUCUACUCCUCCUAUCUACAAAUUUUCUACCCCUCCUCUCUACAUUUUUCUACUCCUCCUAUCUACACUUUUCCUACCCCUCCUCUGUAUAUUUUUCUCCUCCUCCCAUCUACUACAUUUUCUUUUUUCUUCCCUACCCCCCCCUCCUCUCCUAUCUACAUUUUUCUACAUUUUCUACGCUUCGUCUCUACACUUUUCCCUACCCCUCCUCUAUAUAUUUUUCUACUCCUCCUAUCUACACUUUUCUGCCCUCCUCUCUACAUUUUCUACGCUUCGUCUCUACACUUUUCCCCCCCCUCCUCUCUCUAUAUUUUCUACUCCUCCCAUCUACACUUUUUCUGCCCCUCCCUCUCUACAUUUUUCUACCUUCGUCUCUACACUUUUCCCUACCCCCUCCCUCUCUAUAUUUUUCUACUCCUCCUAUCUACACUUUUUUUUCUCCUCUCUCCUUCUCUCUACACUUUUCUACCCUUCGUCCUCUACACUUUUUCCCCUCCUCUCUACAUUUUCCUUCGUCUCUAUAUUUUCCUACCCCCCUCUCUCCUAUUUUUCUACAUCUUUUUCUGCCCUCCUCUCUCAUUUUUCUUUUUUCUACACUUUUUUCUACGCUUCGUCUCUACACUUUUCCUACCCCCUCCUCUCUAUAUUUUUCUACUCCUCCUAUCUACACUUUUUCUGCCCUCCUCUCUACAUUUUUCUACGCUUCGUCUCUACACUUUUCCUACCCCUCCUCUCUAUAUUUUUCUCCUCUACCUUUUUCUGCCCUCCUCACAUUUUUCUACUUCGUCUCUACACCCUUUUCCCUACCCCCUCCUCUCUAUAUUUUUCUACUCCUCCCAUCUACACUUUUUCUGCCCUCCUUUCUACAUUUUUCUACCUUCCGUCUCUACACUUUUCCUACACCUCCUCUCUAUAUCCUUUCUACCCUCCCCUACAACCUUCGUUCUACAUUUUUUCCUACAUAUUUUCCUCCUCCUAUCUACAAUUUUCUACCCCUCCUCUCUAUAUUUUCUACUCCUCCUAUCUACACUUUUCUACCCCCUCUGUAUAUUUUUUACACCUAUUUUUCUUUACUACCUCCUCUCUACACUUUUCUACACCUCCUCUCUACCAACUCUAUAUUUUUCUACACUUUCUACCCCCUCCCCUUUACAUUUUUCUACGCCUCCUCUCUACACUUUUCUACCCCUCCUCUCAACAUUUUUCUACACCUCCUCUCUACACUUUUCAUACCCAUCCUCUCUACAUUUUUCUACACCUCCUCUUUACAGUUUUCCUACCCCUCUUCUCUACACUUUUCUACCUCUCCUCUCUACAUUUUUCUACUCCUCCUCUCUACAUUUUUCUUACCCCUUCUCCCUACAUUUUUCUACACCUCCUCUCUACACUUUUCUACCUCUCCUCUCUACAUUUUUCUACUCCUCCUCUCUACAUUUUUCUUACCCCUCCUCCCUACAUUUUUCUACACCUCCUCUCUACACUUUUCUACCUCUCCUCUCUACAUUUUUCUACUCCUCCUCUUUAAACUUUUCCUAUCCCUCCUCUCCACACUUUUUCUACCAUUCAUUUCUACACCUUUAGUAUCCUUUCUUUCUAUAAUUUCUGUCCACACUUUCUUUCAUUAUUUUUUCUACACCUUCUUUAUCUACUUUGCCUGA